AUGUCACAUCUUCGAGUGAAAAAGGUUGAAGAUAACAUGAAAUUUAAAUGGGGUAGGAAGAAGGGAGUUAGCAAGACAGAUGAGCACAUUCAAUUCUAUGAGUCAUUUACUUACGAGGAUGUGGAAUACUUUGUUUUCGACUGUGCUUACAUUUACUGCAAAGGUGACACUGAGACCUCUAUUUGUAAGCUUGUCAAAAUGUUUGAGACUCCAACUCAUGCAAAGAGAGUGAAGGUUGUGUGGUUUCGUCGUCCUAUUGAUAUACGUGAUAUUUUGGGAAAUCAUAAUCCACAAUGGAAUGAGCUAUUUUUAGCAUCUGGUCAGGGUUUAGGAUGUUGGGGUUACAUCAAUCCUCUGGCCAAGUUGGCAAUUGUGCAUUGCAACUAUGGGUAUUAUAAUUCAUAUACUGAAGUUAUUGUGGGAAAGUGCAGUGUUGUUUGUACAUCGAAGGAUGAGAGAAAUCCUCAUGCAUCUAAAACAGAGUUGAAAUGGGCUGACUACUUCUUUUACCGUACUGUUGAUGUUGAAAAGUGUGUAAUAUCAGAGAAGUUUAAUGAUGAAAUAGCUGGAAUUAAAGUGGAGUACUUUUUUAACAAGAGGAAAGAUCCAAAGCUCAUUCGUCCUUCCAAUCUUAAAAGGAAUAUAAAAACGGAAGCUGGGAGAUCAACUUUGUCAUCAAAGAUUGGUUUGGUUGAGAAGGGGGCCAGUGCUGUAAACGCUGACAAGUCUGGCAAUGGAGUAAGCCCAGUGCUGCUAGAAUCCAAAAGGGCCAUGACUAGUAUGGGUGAGAACAGACGUAUGUCAAAUGAGAAUUCCACAUUGAGGCCAAAGGCUACUAUCAACAAAGAUGGGACUGAACCUGGUCAAAUAUCAUUCAGACAAGAUCAGGAUAAAGCUAAUGUGAGAUCUUCUGAUAGUUUAUUACCUAUGAACGAAUCAGAUACCAGGCCUAAUAAAAAGAGGAAGCUUCUUCUGGAUGGCCAGAAAAAGGUACCCAAAAAGGGGGAGGAUAUUGAUGGGAAGGCAGGCAAUGCUUCUGAUAAAAUGGUUCCUGAACUUGCUGGGAAUAGGGGUGCCAAAACUCAUGCCCAAUUCUUGGAGGUUCCUAGAAGGCCAGAUGCUGAUAGAAGCACUUGGUUCAAGAAACUACCUUGGGAUCAAAGACUGCAGGCAGCUGAAGAAAUGGGCACCUUAGUCCUACUGGAUAAUCUAGAUCCAUCAUAUACAUCACUAGAAGUAGAGGAUUUAGUCUGGCAUGCAUUUAAUAGGAGGGUUGAGGCAAAGAUGAUACAACAGGGUACUUUUUCACACCCACAUUAUGGUAAGGCUUUGGUCAUAUUCAAAUCAAACGAUGCAGCUGAGGAUGCAAUAUCUAAGUUGCAGAGUGGAUGCUUGAUUCUAGAAGAUGGAAGGCCUGUUGUUGGUUGCAAAGGAACUCUAACACAGCAGGGAAAACCAGCCAAAUUUUUUGGCCAUCUGGUUCUUGACGUAAACAAGCGUCAAAGGCAACGUGAUGAGAAGAGAAAUGCAGUAGCAACAUCACACUCUUCGCAGCCAAAUACAAUUGAGUAUGAUUUUGCCAUGGAGUGGCGUCACCUACAGGAAUGGACAGAUAUUUGCUGGAGGUUAUUAUUUGAGGCUCAAGCGAAGGAGAUGCAAGAGCUUGGGAGCCAGCUGAAAUCAACUGAAAUCAAUGAACUUACAUGAACAAAAUCAUCUUUUUAAGGAAAUUUUUGUAUUUGUAAAUUGUGAGAGCCACAAAAGGAUAAUGCUCUAAUAUAUUUUGGACAGCAUACAGAUACAGGAGCCCCUCACAUGCAUAGGAUAAAAUGAAUUGGAGCUUCUAUUUUUGGUGUAAAUUUACUCUUUUCAUAUCAUCAGGUCUUAUAAAAUCAUUGGUUAUAAAGAAAUGAAAGUAUUGAAUUAUAGAAUGAUACCA